GUAUUUAUUUCGUAUUUUUCACGGAGCUCUGCGGCAUGCUGACUUUUCACGUGACUGUGAAUCAAGAAGUGCUUUAGUGGUGUUCAACCACUUCUUGAUAGGGACACAUUUUGAGCGUACGUGGUGUAUCUAGGGUAUUUAUUAAAGUUGUAAAGGUUGUGUGAGAGGUUGUGUGCCUAAAGUAAGAGCAGUAUUUUCUAUGAAGCUUCUGUUGCAUUCAGAGUGUAAAUCGGAACGCGACCUGAGCAUAGGCCACAGACUGCAUUAAAUUAGUAUUAGAUUUUUUUAAAUUUAUGUAUGGCAGUUAUUAUUUUUUUUGCAUUUUGUUAUUGCUUGUCUGGUGAAAGUAAUGUUUUUUUAGUAUUUUACAUAAUGAGAUGAAUUAGACAAGUAUUGAAGAAUUUAUCUUUGUUUUUAAGUUAAGUAUUUAAAACAAUGGCUCUAACGAACUGGAGGAAAGUAGAAAAUGAGGUCGGCUACCCAUGUUACAUUGAAGAUACAACUGGUAAACAGCAAUAUGAUCACCCGCAAUUUCUUAAGAUUUUACAGUCACUUGAAGACUUUGGCGGCAUUAAAUACAAUGUUUACAAAAUAGCUUUCAAAAUGACUGGACUGCAAAAGCAGUUAAGGGUGCCACCUUUACGCAUUAGUGCUGGAGUGUUUGCCAGACACCAGCUCAGCCUUUCUGAAACUAGUUUGUCACUUGACACAGCAGAGCUUGAAGCAGUUCUUGGUGACAUUUAUUUUGCUGCUGAAAAGGAAGGCCUGUUUGAUGGGGAUGUUGAUUUGACAGUGGAUUUAUUGAUAAAUCUACUUCUGAAUGUAUAUGACAAGGACAGAAAAGAGCCAAUCAGAGUCCUAGCAGCUAAGACACUCAUAAUAAUUCUAAGCGAAGAGUCUGCUAGUGAUAAAUGGGUGGCACUAGCGAACUGCUGUGCAGACCACAAUGGUUGUGUGUCACCACGUCGACUAUCUGCUCUGCUCACUAAUGUUACUGCAUUAUCACAGUACUUUGGAAGUUCUACUGAACACUUGCAGUCUGAUGUUAACAGCUGCUUUGACAAGAACGCUGGUAUGCUCGGUGUAAGUGCCCGCAGUGUGGCCGAGUGGGGAGUACAGUGUAGUUCGAGCACUCGAUGGUUGUCAGUGAUGCAGAGAAUAAAUGCCAGUAGGAGCUCCGCAAAUACUAAUGUAUCCUGUGCUUCUUGCACGCAACCCAUUGUACAGAUGUUAAAAUUCAAAUGCUCUAAAUGUGUCAAUAUAUAUUUUUGUGAGAAGUGCUAUCUGUAUGACAAAGACUUGACCUCUGUUAGGGGUCAUAAGAAGACUCAUUUAAUUAAUGAAAUUGUUGAUGGAGAGAUUAAGCUCGGUGAAUGUCUAAGUUUUAUGAAGGGUAUGAAGAGAUUCUUCUUUUGUACGCGAACGAAGAAGCGUAAAAUGGCAAAAAAGUGCUCUAAGAAAAGUACGGAUAAGGUCGAAAAUCACGGUACUGUCAGAAGAAAGAGUGACGGCAAACCUGCUAUGUUUACUUCGACUGUAGGAAAAGCUUCAGGGAAUUGUGUUAAUAAUAGUCCGGCUACUAUGUUGCAAGACAUUAUCAUGCAGUUGGAAACGCAAAAUAAGGCCUUAAAAGAUUUGUCUAACCAAUUACAUGGUACAGCAAAAGAUCAGGAAGAAAACGGACUGAUGAGAAAAGUUGACACACACUGGACACAAAUAUCGACUCAGAUCAAUAGGCUUAAAGUACUGAAGGACAACUUAUCAUCAAGCUCGCAAAUCCUUGACACUGAAACACACAAACAAGAGAAAGUUGAACGACCUCAAGCUUUUGAUCUCUUCAGUCCUAUACCAGUGUUGGAGGAAAAGCAAUCAAAGGUCACAGAAAGCAUGAAAUCUAAACCCCGGGUCUUAAGUUUGGACUCGGGUAACUUUUCAGUAGUGUCUAAACAGACUGACAGUCAGAACUUGUUGACUAUGUCAGGAGAUGCUUUGAAACCUGUCGUGGGGCAUUCUAACACUGACAGCAUAUCUACGGUGUCUAUGAAUGAUAUUAGCCAUUGGUACACUGAGAACAAUCCUUCAGGAAAUAAGACCCAUGAUCUCUUGUGUAAGCAAGAUACAAACCAGUCUAUAUCAGCCACUGAGAAGAAGUAUGCCGCGGAUAUUCGCAGUAUGGCGUCCAGUAAUGACAAGAUGAAAGAAUUGAAUGCAGAUUUGGACACUGUCCUCGAUCGGUUGCAACAGAUCUUGACAAAUAACUUCGCUGUGGACGAUUCGUGUUUCGACAACACCCAGCUCCGGGAAACAGCCAACGAGAUGGAAGGCCUACUAGGCACUUUGAUAAGAGGUGUAGAACAACGUGCCACCCUUAAUACCACUAAAGGUCUCGUUUGAUACAUACUUUCUGCUUGAAAAAUCAUAUGGAUACAUAUACAGGACCGAAUAGUGAGAUUUGUUGUGUUACUUUUAGGUCAAAAAUUGCGUGUACUCGGUUUUGGUACUUCAUUGAGUUCCUUUAAUUUGUUGAGAUGAAUUUCAAACAAUUAUUACCUUAAAGAGCUUGCUCGCCAACUUAAACUGCAGUUCAAACAGCAUGUCAGUAUAUUUACAUUAUCGAAGUUAGAUGAAAAGAUUAAAUUUAUUUUAAAGU